AUGAAAAUGCUUUGGAAACUGACGGAUAAUAUCAAGUAUGAGGAAUGUGAGAUGUUAGUUCACAGUUUCUCAGCGAUGGAUCGUCACGAUGGCACCAGCAAUGGGACAGCCCGGUUACCCCAGUUGGGGACUGUGGGACAGUCCCCCUACACCAGCGCCCCUCCGCUCUCCCACACCCCCAACGCUGACUUCCAGCCCCCUUAUUUCCCCCCACCGUACCAGCCCAUUUACCCGCAGUCCCAAGACCCGUAUUCCCACGUUAACGACCCCUACAGCCUGAACCCGCUUCACGCCCAGCCCCAGCCCCAACACCCAGGCUGGCCGGGACAGAGACAAAACCAGGAAACGGGGCUUUUGCACACGCACCGCGGGCUUCCCCACCAACUGUCCGGCUUGGACCCACGAAGGGAUUACCGGCGGCACGAAGAUCUAUUGCACGGACCUCAUGGCUUGAGCUCAGGACUAGGAGACAUUCCCAUCCAUUCAAUACCUCACUCUUUAGAAGACGUACCGCACGUAGAGGACCCGAGUAUUAACAUCCCAGAUCAAACUGUAAUUAAGAAAGGCCCCGUAUCCCUCUCCAAGUCUAACGCCAACGCCGUCUCCUCCAUCCCCAUCAACAAGGACACGCUCUUCGGCGGCGUGGUGAACCCCAACGAGGUCUUCUGCUCGGUGCCCGGCCGCCUGUCCCUCCUCAGCUCCACCUCCAAGUACAAGGUCACCGUGGCAGAAGUGCAGAGGCGCCUGUCGCCGCCGGAGUGCCUCAACGCGUCUCUGCUGGGCGGAGUGCUUCGGAGGGCAAAAUCAAAAAAUGGAGGAAGAUCUUUGAGAGAAAAACUGGACAAAAUAGGAUUAAAUUUGCCAGCCGGGAGACGUAAAGCUGCAAAUGUUACCCUGCUGACAUCACUAGUGGAGGGAGAAGCAGUGCAUCUAGCAAGAGAUUUUGGUUACGUCUGUGAAACUGAAUUUCCUGCCAAAGCAGUAGGUGAAUUUCUCAACCGACAACAUUCCGAUCCAAACGAGCAAGUCACAAGAAAAAACAUGCUUUUAGCUACAAAACAGAUCUGCAAGGAGUUCACCGACCUGCUGGCUCAGGACCGAUCUCCUCUGGGGAACUCUCGGCCCACCCCCAUUCUGGAGCCUGGCAUCCAGAGCUGCCUGACCCACUUCAACCUUAUCUCACACGGCUUCGGCAGCCCUGCUGUGUGUGCUGCAGUCACUGCUCUGCAGAACUAUCUCACCGAGGCGCUCAAGGCCAUGGACAAAAUGUACCUCAGCAACAAUCCUAACAGCCACACAGACAACAGCAACAAAAGCGGCGACAAAGAAGAGAAGCACCGAAAAUAA